CCACGCAGUUUCUUCCCAUCACGGCACCCCAACGGGCCGCACCUUUCCUUCGAGGACCACUCCACCUUCCCACCCCCCCGAGUCCAAAACCCUACGACCCGCGCCACCAUGCCGCGCCUCGCCGCCGCCGCCGUCGCCCGCCACGCCGGCGCGGCCCUGCGCCGCGGCGCGCUUGAGGGGCUGCGGCGGCUCUCCUCCCUCCAACCGUCGCACGCCGCCUCCAGCGAAGAGGUGCUCGUGGAAGGAAAGGCCAGUGCGCGCGCCGCCGUGCUCAACCGCCCGGGCUACCUCAACGCCCUCACCACCACCAUGGGAGCUAGGCUCAAUAAGUUUUAUGAAUCAUGGGAGGACAACCCAGAUAUUGGCUUUGUCAUGAUGAAGGGCAGCGGCCGAGCGUUCUGUGCUGGCGGGGAUGUUGUUAGAUUGCGUGAACUUGUCAGUGAAGGCAAAACGGAGGAAUGUCAGGAUUUUUUCAAGACUCUGUACAGUUUCAUUUAUUUUCUAGGCACGUACUUGAAACCACAUGUUGCCAUUCUUGAUGGUGUUACUAUGGGUGGUGGAGGAGGUGUUUCAAUUCCUGGAACAUUUCGCAUUGCAACUGAUAGAACAGUCUUUGCAACUCCAGAAGUUCAUAUUGGAUUCCAUCCUGAUGCUGCAGCCUCCUUUUACUUGUCGCAUCUAACUGGUCAUGUUGGGGAAUAUGUGGCCUUGACUGGUGAAAAACUCAAUGGGGCUGAUAUGAUUGCCCUUGGCCUUGCCACACACUAUUCCAUGAGUGAGCAUCUAGAUCUGGUUGAUGAACGACUUGCAAAGUUAGUAACUGAUGACCCAUCAGUUAUUGAUUCUUCCCUUGCACAAUAUGGAGACAUGGUUUAUCCAGACAAAAAAAGCAUUGUUCAUAGGCUGGAUGUGAUAGACAAAUGCUUCAGCCAUGAGACAGUUGAAGAGAUUGUUGAUGCCUUGGAAAGUGAAGCGGCUAGGUUGGACGAAGAAUGGUGUACCUUGGCACUGAAACGAUUGAAAGAGGCCUCUCCAUUAGCUUUGAAGGUCUCACUGCGAUCGAUACGUGAGGGUAGAUAUCAGACACUUGAUGAGUGCCUUGUCCGUGAAUACCGCAUGUCCAUGCAUGGAAUAUCAAAACAAUUUUCUCAUGAAUUUUGUGAGGGUGUGAGAGCGCGCCUAGUUGAAAAGGACUUGGCUCCAAAGUGGGAUCCCCCUGCCCUCGAGUAUGUCACAAAGGACAUGGUGGAUGCCUACUUUGCACCUCUUGGCGAGUUUGAUGCUGAGUUGAAUCUACCUACAGAAACGCGAGAGGCAUUCGUAUGAUCAAACAGAUCAUUCCAUGGUCCGGGACCUGAUAAACGUGCUAGCCAUUAUUUUUGGCAGCGCAAACAGUCGGAGGAUGGACAAACUAUUCGUGUACCAUAUACACCUUGGCGUAUUGAAUUUUGAGCGCCAAGGAAAACCUGUGCUACUUUUUCGUUACUUGUCAUAAGCACGCAUCUUUACCAUACAAAGAGCCAGGUGCAAGCGUUGUGCGCAA